AUGGUCUCACUCGACGUGGACGUCGUCGACCUUCUCAGCUACGCACAGCGACCAAUCUCCGAAGGGAGAGAGUUGGGGUCGGUGUGGUCGGCUGCCGAUGUCGUCAAGCGUCCGAGUUCCGGACGAGGCCAGUGGACUCUGAACGGUAAGCCUUACAUCCUCACUAUGGUCGCUGGGCCUGCGGAGGAAGGUCCUCGCUUCGAGGGCUACACCUUUGUCAACAAGACCGAGUUUGCUAGCAUGGACGACAUGGAUGUUACGAGAGCGAGUGUCCCGCUCAUGGAGAAGUGA